UGUUUACAAAGAUACGACACUUACUGAGAACACCUGAAAAAUCUUCGCCUCUCGUUUCACGGAGUUUAAAAAGGAAUCAUUCAGCGUAGGAUCGUGCCUUUGGAUACGUUGAUUCGCUUUAAGCAACGAAGAACACGAUUUGAAACAUUUCUCUUAUAUUUGAUUUGAGCAAUGAACAAUUCUUCUGUUCAACCGACAAAGAUUCUAAAUCAGGAUCUGUCUUGUUCUGAUGCAGUGACCACGUUAUUUACAGUACUUCUUUCCAUUGUAACACUAGCGGCUUUUAUUGGAAACUUCGUUGUUAUAGUAUCCUUCAUCAAAACCACGAGCCUUAAAACCAGUACUAACUAUUACAUAGUCAACAUGGCCGUGUCAGACCUUUUCUGCGCAUGUUUCAACUGGCCGCUGUUCGCAGCUGAGGGGAUGUUAACAAGUCGACAAUUUAUCAGUGAUCAUUUGGCUUCAGUUGUUUGCAAACUGGGAAUGUACUUCAGAGGAAUAUCACAAGUGGUGUCGGUUUUGAGCUUGGUUCUUAUCUCUGUGGACAGAUAUGUGGCUAUUGUAUUCCCAUUAAAGAUCAUAGUGUUGAAUCGUAGAGGAGUACGACUUGCUUUCUUGACUCUCACCUGGAUUAUACCGAUAGUUUGUGGUUUCCCGUAUGUUAUUUAUACCGAAGUUGUCAAAGUCGACGAUAAAACUUUCUGCAGAACUGUUUGGAGCAGAUUGCUGAGAGUAGUCUUUAACUUUAUAGGUUUUGUCGUAUUUUAUUGUGCGCCAAUUUUUGUAAUGACAAUCCUUUAUGCUCGCGUUAUAAAAACUGUUAGGAAUCGUCCAAAUACAGCAGAUAAGACACAAGACCAGAUGAACAGCAAGAGACAAAAACAGCAUCAGAAGAUCACGAAAAUAUUAAUAUCGAUUGUUGCGGCAUUUUUCGUCUGUUGGACGCCACUUUGUAUAUAUCUGUCGCUGAAAAUGUUCCAUCCGGAUCUCAUCGCGAAAGACAAAUGUUUGGUUUUUGUGGCUCUGUUUUUCUACUUGUUUCCAUCUUUUAGUACAGCAAUCAACCCUGUCAUUCUGUUUCUUUUUAGUUCAAAUUACCGCCAGGCAUUGGCGAACAUGAGCCUUCAGGUGUACUACUUCUUUAACAAAAAAUUUCGCGUGCUUGGACAUGCAAAUAGGCGUGUCGGAUCAUCGCACGGGCUGGACAAUGUUGUUUUGACUGCAUAUGUCCGUGGAGAAACUGCUUCUACCAUUUGUGUUAAAUCUUAGUGAAAUCCCGUCUAGAGUUCGAUCCUUGUAACACCCAAUGAUUAAUAUUAUUAUGCAAUUUCAACCCACUAUCUCUUGAUUGGCCGUAAGCAUACUGGGAAUUCUCGAAAUCAGCGCCUGGGACGUCAUCCACCUGCAGAUUACACAUGUUAUCUAGCUGCAGAUUAUCCUAUGGACCCAUAAGGUCAUGGGUAAUCAUGUCAUGUAUAACCGCGGUGCAUGAUUUCUAAGGAUAAUCAUGUCAAAUACGCGUACUUUGUGUUGCUCACUGAUUUGUAUGUUUUUACGCGUUUAGAAAUAAAAUAUUAGAUUCACUUAC